GCGGCGAGCGUGUGCAGGGGCUCGGCGUAGGAGGGCAGACUAUUGGGCUUGGAUUUAGGAUGAGCCCGAGGGUGGACGCGGGCCAGCGAUGUUACCCUGAAGAUGUUCACGAUGAAGAAGAGGAGAGUGUCUAUGACGACGAAGACGACGCGUCUUCCGAGGCAAGCGACAUCGAGCCAUCCAAGGACUUCGACCCACGGACGAGCUACGCCGAGGACGACCAUACACCGAACGCCCCAGCACAGUCCCUGCGCAAUCGACAUAGCUUCACACGGUCAAGAGAGCGCAUCUCAGACGCGAGCCCUGACCGGCACAACGACAGGCGCCUGAGUGGGCUCGUCGACGGGCUCCAGGCGGCGUACGGCGUGCGUUGCUCGCCCGGGAAGAGCGUGCUCAGCCAAAGCGAGAGCGACGUGUACUUCGAGCAGGGCCUCGCGAUCGGCACGUCGAGCGACUUCCCGAACAGCAGCGGCGACGUCUCGUUCAACGUCGCUCAUCGGGAGGACGAGCCGGAGGAGGAUGUGGAUGGGGACGAGGAACGGUCGGAGUACUCGGAGUCGGAGGAGAGCUUCUCGAUUGUGGUGGAUGACGAGGAGGAGGAGGUACAGGUGGAAGCCGGGGGCCCGUGGUGGACGCGCGGACGGCGGUCGCCGAAGGACGAGGGCGUGACGAGCGAUGUGGCACCUUUGGCAGUACACAAGAACGAUCGACGUACCUCUGGUGAUAGUCGAACAUCAGCACAUCUACGAGCGAGCUCGGACGAGCGCGCGAGUGCACCAGAUGUCCAAACCGUCAAGUCGAUCAGCUCUGCACAAGCGUCAUCGAGCCUGUCUACCACACGCAGACCUCAGAGCCGGGCCUCGACUCACGCGGAUGCUACUAUCAAGAGUCCGCGACCUGAUAGCAUAUCCUCCACUGACUUGCGGACACGACGUCGCACGAUGAUGUAUGGGGUAGACAAUACCGCCGAAUGCACACCUCGUCUACCAUCAUUUCCUUUGGACAAUUUUGAACCUCCCAGGAGACUCGGGCCGUCGUCAGACGAAUCCAAAAUCAGCAAGAGAACGACUAUGUCCUUUACCGAGCGUUUCGUUCGCAGGCCCGACUCCCGUCGAUCCUCGGUACUCGAGGAUGACGUCGACAGAACCCCGCGCGUGUCCUCCCAGGACAACCAGUUCUUCCUCCCCGCGGAAGACGAUCCCGAGGAAGCAGUCAUCUUAGAAUCGGAUGACUGCACUGAACGCGAACGCCAGGCGUUCGGCAUCCCGCGGUCUCUAUCUUUCGGGGCAGGCCACUCUGGCGGCGUCUCUCAACCAACCGCUUCUGGGGCGAAGAACAGGCCAAGCGCUCUACUUCGCAGUGAGAGCGACGAGUCCUUGUCGGGGGGACCAUCGGCGAUGACUCGCGAAUCGUCAUACAUGGCUGCGGUUUGGAGGGAGUCAGCGGGUAAGGACGUGCUGAGCAAGGGUGCACAUGAACUCUUUGAGGUUCUCGCAUUCCGAUCUCGAGACGAAGAAGCGGACGAGGUCGAACGACCGAAAGAGCGGCGGGAUAGAUCAUUGUCGCGCCAGAGUCGACCACGCUCGCGGUCUCGACAGCGGGAGGAACGACCGAGUUCCAGACAGGAUUAUCAGCCACCAAACCCGUCGGGCGAAGAGGCAAGACAGGUUUCACAAGCCAGGCCGUCGCGCCGGAAGGAGAGACAACCGGUAUCUCCUGCUACCUGCGAGCACGCGCCAGAUAAUCGAAACUCGCAAAUUGUGCGCCCGCAAGCCUUGACUCAUGAAGCGAUACUGCAAACCAGUCAAACCAAUCCGUUGCCAGCCCCAUCGCCUCAGGGCAACUGGCGUUCGACUUUCCACAUCGAUGUAUAUGAUUCCCUUCUGGCACGACAUGGCCCCAUGGAGAUGCAACGACAAGAGAUUGUCUACGAACUACUCCAGACGGAGCGUGAUUUCGUGCGGCGGCUGCGUGCCAUGACCUCGGCUUUCAUCGUACCGCUCAGAGUGCACGCAAGCAAAACAUGGCUUCCAGGCGUGCCAACCCAGGUGUCGAGGCUGUUCGACUGGCUCGAAGACAUCUUGAAUCUUCAUACGUCGCUUCUGCGGGUACUGAAGAAUACGUCGCGAGCUUGGCAUGCGAACAAGGUCGUUGGCGAAGUGGCGAGUAGUCUCCUGCCCCUGAUUCCGAGACUCGAGGUGCAUCAGCCGUACCUAGUGCGGGUGGACGAAGUCAGGGGGCUAGUCGUCAUGUGGGCUCAAGAUCAGCACUCGCAGUUUGGGGAGUACAUCCGUCUGAGCGAGGAGGAAGGACUCUGCGAUGGCUGGAGCCUGGAGCAGUGUCUUCAGAUUUCUGUGCAUAGGCUGACCACUUACUUGACGAUGUUCAAGAGGCUUCUUGACACCACGCACCGGCAACAUCCUGAUUAUCUUGCAACUCUAUCUCUGCUGCGGUCCGCACAGAUGAUGAUACACGUAAUGGAGGAGGUUCGCGUUCGUGAAGAGGAGUAUGACUUCGUGAAGGCCAUUGCUACUCGCAUCCUUGGACCGGACGCAGCUGCUCAUCUUGCUAUACGAGAGCGAAGGCUUCUGUACCAGGGUCUCUUACAUCUGUCGUCAUCCGAUGCAGCUUUGAAGGUCGAACCUCAACCAGUGGCCCCGACAGUCCAAGUCAACGGUCGACCCGUGCACCACUCCAUAGAUGACGAGCAAGAUAAGGCAGAACGAGGAAGGCGUUUGGCCACGGCCAUUCAUGAUUGGCACGUCAAACGGGCCAGGUCAGAGUCCAUCAGCUCCUCGGCUUCAUCUUCGUUCUCCCUUUGGUCUCAUGACAGCCUGACGUCGAACGUAACACCGAACACACCGAUGUCGGAUAUACAUCCACCGUCGCUUGAGGCUACCACCGGAGCAGUGCAAGUCCUCGUUUUCACGGAUAUGGUACUGCUUGUCACUCCAUCGUAUGAUGAUCAGAGCGGCGGGACACAAUGGCAACUGCUUAGUGGAGCAGGGUUGUCACGCAUCUUGGAUGUCAGGAUUGACACAAAUGGCCGAGAUCGAGCAGUGGUACUCGAUCUUAUUCCGCUCGAUAUCCAGGAGCUGUCGCUAUCUCUUCAUUCACGUGCAGGAGCUGUUGUGGAACUGAGGCUUGAGCUUCCUCACCUGCGCGGUGACAACGAGCAGGAUUGGUUUGCUGCACUACAGCGAAGCCGCACCACUACGCUGCAUUCCCUCUCCUUCGCACCUCCGUCUCCCGAGGACGUUCUCCAAGGGCCUGUCGGCGACUACGAACAAGACACGUACCACUGCGUCAAGUCUAUCCUUGCGUCUGGUUUGCCUAUGCCCAAGAGUCCGUCGAUGCAAUUAGACGAAGGGAAUAUUCAACAAGCACUACAUGACAACUCCGAACAGGAGCGAGAGGAACGAGGGUGGUGGUCUCUGCGGUUUCAUCAGGUCCUGCGUGAGUUUCAGCGCCAGCAAGAUGCUGGUGUCCUUCUUGGUCCGACCCCAUACGUCCUCAAGUAGUCGCUUCUGGCUAUGCUGAACACUUCUCCAUUCACUGAUUGGCACCCCCUACACCGUGUACCAAACUGACUUCUUGAUAUCUGGGCUCUAAGCUGUAUCACUAGCUCCGUUACAUUGUAUUCCCUCCAUAUUCCUCGUAAUGAACACUGUGCUAGUUUCGACGUCAUAGCUCUUAUCGCACC